GAGAAGAAGCUGCUUCUGAUGGAGAAGUUUGUCGAGGUAAAUAUAAACAAAAAAUAGAUAAAAAUUAACGAUUGAUUAGAUUAGCGUUAACUGUAGCUCGAGCCAGAAUAGGUGAGUGUUUAAAGGCGAGGGGCAUAGAGCCUCAUACAUUACCUGAAUGUCCGCGCUGAAACUAAUAGUCCCAUAUAGAGGGCAGCUAAUUUGUUGGCUAGAUUAUCAAUAGUUUGCUUUACACUUAUUUAGUUGUAUAUAGUAAGAGUAAGAAUUACCUUAUAUAGAUUUGUAAACGCUGGUUUGUCCGAGCUUUCUCGCUGUAAGGAAAAUGUUUAAUCAGCAUUCGCUGAUGUGCACAUGGUGAUCACCGACUUUCAGGAGGCGGUGAAGGUGCCGUUUGGUACAAAAUCUUUAGAUGCUGCCUUGUGUGGCCCUGCCGACGUAAAAGAUGUUCACACAGCCGUGAUACUCACGCAUGGUGCCGGGGGAGACAUGAACUUCAAACAUCUGGUUUCUCUGGCUCACAAGCUGGCAUCAAACGGUUUCCUCUGCCUCCGCUUUACAUGCAAAGGUUUGAACUUGGCUUACAGGGUGAAGGCAUACAGUGCUGUGUGGGACUACCUGAAAUCACUACAGAAGUUUACAAUAACACACACAUUUUUUGGAGGCAGGUCAAUGGGAUGUCGUUCUGCUGUAGCUUUAGCUAGGCGACUAAGUGAAGAAUCCAAGGACGCAGUGGAGGGUGUGAUGUGCUUGUCUUUCCCCCUGCACCCACCAGGGCAGACACACGCCCAUCGCCAACGGAGUGAAGAUCUCAGGAUGCUGCCAGAGCACAUGCGUGUGCUGUUUGUGUCAGGGACUGAAGACGACAUGUGUGACAGGGUCUAUUUUGACAGGAUGGUAAAAGAAAUGAAAGCUCAAGUUGAGAUUUUCUGGCUCCAAGGAGGCAGCCAUGGACUGACAGUGAAAGGAAGGUCUGAGGUUUCUGUGAUGGAUGAAGUUAACUUAAAAGUCAUCUCUUGGAUCAGUAAUCAGGCAGCACUGGCUACUUAAUGUCAUCUUGUUUUAAUGUAUUUCUUUUAUUCCAAUAAAAGUUGUUAUUAUAUCACAA